GUCCGUGUAAAUGGUCUGUCGAGUCGUUGACUACGUUGGCGCUGCUGAUUUACGGGGCUGUUUAGAACAGAUAUUUUGAUAUUGGACAUACAUUGCGGCCGUGGCUGCUGUUGCAAGCCUGCUGUUUGAUGCUGGUCAAUCUUACCAUGGUGUUAGCACCUUGCUUGAAAAUCUGGCGAUUGGAGUUUGAGCAUGUCAGCAAGCUUGGGGGGCGCGGAGAGAGCAGGAAAGACAGGAGAACUGCAAGAGGCAAGCAGGAAGCGAGACUGUCAGGAGGAGGAAUCAUUGAGGGGAGGAGGAGAGAAGGUUCAACGGAAAGUUGCACGCCUCGCCAGCACCGAUGUUACUCGGAUUGGUCAUUCUCGCGUGAUCCACAGGGCUCUUGCGCUUUGCUAUCGGUCAGUCAUUCCAUUCCUAGUUCCCGUCCUCCUCCUGGCAUCUGCCAAGAAGCAUUUCGAUGCCUCGCUUCCGUAUGUCUCAGGGCCAAAGGGGUGGUUCCGAUUCGCAAGUAGGACCGAGACAGUGAGGAAUGUUGCAACACAGAAUCGUGAUUAUCUCUCUUCCUCUCUGGUGCCCGUUAUGGGCAUUCCAGCUUCCCGCGUCCCCACGAGUGUCGAUAUCCGACAACGCGCCCAACAGCGUGCCGGCGUCGCGUAUCCAACUACGCGACUGCGCCUUCGUGAGGCUACCACGCUGUGAUUGCAAUGCCUUCCUCCGGUAUUUUAAGCCAGGUAUCCUCGCCAUCCCGUCAGGGCUUCAGUAUCCGGGAUUCGACAUUUCUUGCUUGCGUCGACUUGCAGUCCGCUCCCUUCGUUCUGACUCGCGCCCCUCCAUUUAUUUGCUGACGGUUUCUC